GUCGCCCGUCUCGUUGGCGUGGCCUGUCUGGGAGAUGCAAGCGCAGGCGAUGGACUCCGACCGCGAGGUCCUGCAUGUCUCGAAGGUCUAUGCGAACGUGAACGCGUCGAUGGGACCGACGUGGUACGAGUAUGAGAAUGUGCAAGUUCUGUGGGGAUCUACAGAGCGGUAUGAACUGAUACGGAAAGUAGGGCAAGGGAAAUAUUCAGAGGUGUUUCUCGGUCUAGACACGUCCAGCGACGAGAAGUGUAUCAUCAAGGUUCUCAAGCCAGUGAAGAAGAGGAAGAUAAAGCGCGAGAUCAAGGUGCUGCAGAACCUCAGCGGCGGGCCGAGCAUCGUGCAGUUGCUGGACGUCGUGCGAGACCCGACGUCGAGGAUCCCGAGUUUGGUAACGGAGUAUGUGGACGCGGUGGACCACAAGGUGCUUUAUCCCAGGUUGACGGAUAUGGAUGUGCGGUUCUACAUGUUCGAGCUAUUGAAGGCACUCGAAUUCUGUCAUUCCAAGGGCAUCAUGCAUCGUGACGUGAAGCCUCAGAACAUCGUGAUUGACCAUGCCAAGCGUAAACUGCGUUUGAUCGACUGGGGUCUCGCGGAGUUCUAUCACCCUGGAGUGCGCCUGACGUGCCGGGUCGCCACGCGUAACUGGAAGAGCCCGGAGCUCCUCGUCGAUUACGGGUACUACGACUACAGCCUCGACGUCUGGUGCUUUGGAUGCGUCCUGGCAGGCAUCGUGUUCAGGAAGAACGUGUUCUUCCACGGACAUGAUAAUUACGACCAGCUGGUUAAGAUCGCCAAGGUUCUCGGAACGGAUGACUUGUAUGCGUUCUUGGACAAGUACAAUAUCGCGCUGGAUCCUCACUUUGACGAUAUUCUCGAGAGAUGGCCGCGUAAGCCUUGGAGUCGCUUCGUGACACAGGACAACAGGAAAUGCGUGUCAAACGAGCUGGUCGAUUUCCUGGACAAGAUCCUGCGAUACGACCCCGCAGAACGCCUUACCGCGGGCGAGGCGCUUUGUCACCGAUACUUUGAUCCUGUACGCAACCGGCGCCUUGAUGAUGAUACGGAGGAAUCUGGUCUCUCUUCUGCGUAGUGGUUUGUUGUUCCUUGAUAUACCUGUCGAUAUACCUAGAGGCUCCCUCAGGGGAGCCCGUCUUGCUGUGUGUAAUGCUUUUCUGCGUAUACCACUGUACCGAUGACUGUUGUCG